GUUUGUUUGUUUUUAUUCCCCCAAAGAAGAAAACAGACAUUUUGGUAGAGCCAGUGAGCGCAACCUUCCUGCACCGACUACAGGCUGAAUAUCCUCCGUUCCUCAACAUUUCAUGUGCAUUUCAACUCUUCCCGUCUCCCGAUAAAUAGCCAACUUUUGUAAAGUUUAAAUAAAUAAACAUUUCCGGCUGAAACUGGCUGUUUGUCUGCACGUGAGCUACCUCGCUGCUAAGCUAAGCUAAGCUAAGCUCAGUGUGAUGGCUGACUCCAGCAGCAGGAUGAUGACGUCUUCUGAACACCUGGCGGUCGGGCCUGCAGGGAAAGCGUCGUCGUCCUCGGUCGCGUCAGGAAAUGGAAACUGGGACGGUGCAGGUGGGAUGGACCAGAUAACUGUGGUGAGAAUAGAUGACACACACAUUGCCGAGGAGCAGGUGAAAGACGACGCCGCGGAGUACUACGAGGAGGAGUACUCGAUUCCUGAGGAGGACGAGGAGGAGGAGGAGGUUGCGGCAGAGGAAGAGGAAGACGGUGUUUUUGUCAUUGAGUAUUCAAACCCUGAAGAGGAGGGAGAGAGCUACCAGUUCACGAUGUCUGUGGACAGAUCGCUCCCGGCCAAAAAGCCAGAACCGACACCUCCUGUGGUCGGAGUGAACGCCAGAGCUCCCCUACCUGCGAUGUCCAAACCGUCCAGGCCGCAGAGGCCGAGGCACGAGGUGAGGCACGAGGUGAGGCAGAAGAGGAAGCUGAUAACGGAAGAGGAGGUGAAGAAGGAGGAAGUUGUGAGCAAUAAAUCCGUGUUGGAGCUCGGGGAGAACUACAGCGACGUGAUGGAAGUGAAUUCAGGCUCAGGUAAUAGACUGGUGUGCUCGCUGUGCCCGCCGCCCGGCAGGCUCUUCAAGAGAGGCUCAGGUUUGGCGGUGCACCUCAAACAGAUGCACCACAUGGUGGGGAAGAAGACGUUCUUCUGCACGACGUGCCAGCAGUCGGUUCGCACUCAGAUCGAACUGGACUCGCACACGCGACGCCACGCCAACCAGGACGCCGUGUUCACCUGCUACCUCUGCUCGGCCGAGGGAGAAAACAAAACGGAGGCGGAGAAGACGGGGUUCAGCGGGCCGAGGUGGGGUCUGAAGAGACACCUGGAGAAGGAGCAUCCGGGCGUCAUCCCUCGCUGCGACGUCUGCAACAAAGGCUUCAAAUCGCUGGCGUCGUACCUGGCCGAUCAGUUCAGGCACGUCGGCGUGUCGCCCUACUACUGCGCCAGGUGUCAGAUCUACGAGAUGACCGAGAGGGGUCUGAGCAUUCACAUCAAAAACCACGACAAGAAGAAGAAGAAGAAGCAGGAGUCUGGUGAAAACCUCCAGCAGACGUCGGGAGUCUCCGCCGUCGCUGAUAACUCCGCCACAGACGACUCCGACUUCUGACACGUCUCUGAGUGUUUGGAGUUAAAGCGGCUGCGGCUCAGUGACCUCUCUGUCCCACGCUUAUGCAUCUACGACUGAACUGAACUUUAGACACAGUUGUUUGGGUUUUUAUUGACAGGUAUCACAUUAAGGAAACCUUUCUUGUGGUCGACCCACUCAAGCUGUUCGUACGAUGUGGUCGAGUCUUCAGCCUCCAUCAGUGUCGCGUGUAGAGUAAAUCCAGUUGUGGCCUCAGUUGGGAAUUAAAGGAAAAUGACAUUUUUUCACAACCUGGGUCUUGUUUUUGUACGUUUGGCCAUCGUUGGAUGUGUUAAUUUAUUUUCACCAGCUUCAUUUAAAGGAUUCAUUUGACAUUUUUUUAAGGGAGUCUGGGGAAAUUGUGGCUCCUGGUUCUGUAGUAGUUCAGUACACUAGUGCUGAGGCUGGUUUUGGCAGGUUAAAGAGCGCAAACAUAUCAUCAGUUACAGUGAAGCAAAUGGAAAUCAGUGUGUUUCUUGUGUACUUACAGGACAUCAGUGGAGUAGACGGGCCUUCAGAGCGGCCCAGGACACAGAGUACCAUCUGACAGGCAGUUCUUUAGCAGUAUGCUGGAUUAAAGCUCACUAAUUGUCACAAUAUGUCUUGUUUGUUUAAUCCAUAUAAUAACUGUGUAAAAACAACUCAAAAUGUUGAGUUAUUCCUUUUAAGAGAUGUUGGACGCAGGGAGUUUGUGGUCGGUUUGACCAAAGAGCUUCAACAACUAGUCUGAAAAGUGAAGUUAAAGUAUCAAACAUGAAAUAUUACGGAGCACUGCUGUGAACAUUUAUCUUUAAUCUCUUCAGUAAAGUCUUAUAACUGAUAGAAAUAAUCUCAAAAACAAUGGUGCUGUUACUGACACUUAUUUUAUCUGGUUUAUUCAUCAUUGAAAUGUCAGAAAAUAGAGAGAAAUGCCUGUUAAAGUGUCCUGUGAUGUCUGAAAACCCAAAGAUAUUCAGUUUAUAAUGAGAUAAAACGAGCUGUAAUAGAAAUAAGACCCAGGUUGUGUAUCAGUCAACCCCUCAGCCCUCCACAGUGUUGAUGCUGUUUGUUCUUCAUUAGUGUCUGAGUCGGUGCAUGUGUGUGUACAUACUGUAUAUUCUGUAUUACUCAGCAGUUAUUCCAGUUACAGCAGAAGAAAGUGAAUCCGUUUUCAUCCUCAGAGUUCAAACCUGUCCACAGCUCUCCGAGUGGGAUCAGCCUCCAAAAGCAGGUUGUAACAAACAAACAAUAGACGCUAAAGUAACUCAUGUAAAGGAGCAACGCCAGUAUUAUUUCAUGUUUUACUUCAAAUCGUGUUCUUUGCUUUACAGCUGACAUCAAAGCAGGUUUCCAGGUUGAUAAAAAGGUGGGAAAUCAAUCACAGCGAAUUCUUGUUUAUCUCACUUUUUUGUCAAAGUGAAAUGAUAAGAUGAUUUUAUAUAUACACACAAUUCAUUUGGCAUUAAAUUACGCACUGGAUAUCUCAGACCAGAACUAUGGGCACUACUCUGACCUCUGUCAUUUUACACACUUAAAACUCACCAAAACCGUCUCUAUUAGUCUUUCCACUGAAUAAAUCCAACAGAUAAACAGUAUUUUCAGUGGCUCUCCUCAGCAGAUAGUUGUUUGCUGCUAUAUUAAUGUUUUAAAUCUCACAUAUAACCUUUUAACAGUAACGUAGCUGAAAGAGCUGCUGCUGUGGUGCAUUCAUGGUCCUGUGAGAAGCUCUGACAAAUGAGACCUCACAGUCAUCUGGAGUUGGUUUUUUUAAAGGAAAUGAAGCUUUUUAUCAGCAAUUUGUUCACUAAAAACCUGAAAGGAUUCUGAAUUAGUCUGCACACAACGACACCACUUUAAAUGUAAGAAUAAAAACAAUUAUUACCACUAACAAAAAACGUUUCUGGCAGCUGAUUUCAUAGAAAUGAACUGAAACACAUUUUUGCCUUGAAGGAAGUAAAAUAAUAUACAUGUGAUUGGUAGUGAAUGGAUAGAACGAGUAUUAACACAGUAUGAUCCAGGUUGCUGUUUCCCUCUGAAAUAAAGACUGCAUGCAUUUAAAUGUCCUAAUUACACAGGAAAAACAGGCUUUUUAACAGAAACUCUAAAGUACGUUCUUGAGAUUAAAAGUGUUGAAACUUCUGGAGUUUGUUUUUCUUCAGCAGCCGGAGUUUGUUCAGUCGUCCUGAGGAAGUCAAAGUGCACAGAGAAAUCUAAAGUUGACCUUCAAUGACAACUGGGUGAAAUCCAUCUACAGAUCGAAAGCUCCAGAACAGCUACUAAACAAAAUAAAAUGUGAUCCUGAUGUAGAAAAUGUACUCACACAAACAUUAAAUAAUCCUUAAUAAACUAAAUUAAACUACAUUAAAGAUAUUUUUAUAAUCUUUAAAGUCUUUUAUGACGUAACAGCACAAAAAGUUUGAAAAUAAAACUUUUUUCUUUGUUUUUUAACCAAAAAACUAACAGAUGAAUUCAUGAAAGUGAAAAUAAAUGUUCCAACAACCCAGUUUAUUUACAUUAUUUAUACAGUGUAUUAAUGUGGUUAUAAGCAGUGAAAUAAGUAUUCAGUGUUUCACAAGAAAAACACUAAAAUUACAUCAAAGUAGUUUUUUGUUUCUUCUUUUUUAUCCCUUAAAUCAAUCUUAUUUAAAUUUGGACCCCAUUAAUCGGGGCCCUUAACCUCAGAUUUAAAACCACUGAGGUAGCGCCUGUGGACUUCAGUCUCUCUCCCUCAUUGAUUAUGUUUAUCACUGAAAUUAGCAUCAUAAAUGAUAAUCAUGGAACCUGUUUUAGCCCAAAAUAUGGAUUAAAAAACCCACUGAUGAUCUGAAUACUGUAAAUUAUUUAUAUGUUAUUUUAUUAUAUUGAGCUGGUUUGUUUUGCAAUCAAGUUUUUUUUUUAAUUCAACAAUAAGAAUAAAACAUGAAUCAUAAAUAUUCUGCUUUUAGAGGAUGAAACGAGUAUUAAAGGGGCUGAAAUCGUUAAAAUAUCGACUGCGUUUUGGUGCACAAACACUGAGAUGAACUGCAACAGUCUGUUUGUAUUAAACAUUUUAAAGUGAAUAUAUGUUUUUUUAUUCUUUGCUGUAACAUUUGUUGGCAACAUCCUUGUGACUUCUUUAAUUUUCUGACAUUAAAGGGAAUCACCACUGA